AUGGCCAGCCUUUCCGCCUUGCUGCGCUAUGUGCGCCUCAAAUUCCUGGUCUCCUUUUACCGCCUCGUUGUCAAAUUCCUUGCCUCGCCCCCGAGGCCUCACCCCGACUCUGUACUGAGAAUUCCGUCACGCGAUCACGGUCGCACUAUUAAAGCCCAUCUCUAUAAGCCCUCCGCAGAGUACGCUGAAAGCAGGGAUCCCAAUCCAGUCUUGGUCAACUUUUACGGCUCCGGCUUCGCGGUUCCUCUCUAUGGCGCCGACGACGGUUUCUGUCGGUUCAUCGCCACGACGGCCGGCUAUGCCGUACUCGAUGUCGAGUAUCGACUGGGACCGGAGCACCCGUUUCCUGCGGCGGUCAACGACGUCGAGGAUGCCGUCAAAUAUGUGCUUGGCCGGCCGGAAGAGUACCAGACCUCGCAAGUCUCCGUGUCCGGGUUCUCAUCGGGCGGCACCCUCGCGCUCGUCGCCCCGACACUGUUUCCUCCCGGCACCUUUCAGUCCGCCAUUGCUUUCUAUCCGGCGACGAAUGUAGCCAUGGACCCGAGCAUGAGAAAGGCCCCCGCACCGAACGCGAAGCCGCGCUCGCCGUUCUGGACUCGGAUCUUCCGGGAAUCAUACAUAGGAAACAUGGAUCCUCGAGAUCCUCGCAUCUCGCCGGCGUAUGCCGAUGCAUCCAAAUACCCCGCCAACAUGCUGGUUGUCACAGCGGAGCUGGACUCGUCGGCGCUCGAGGCAGAGGGAUUGGCCAAGAAAGCCGAGACCGAAGGCAUAGCAAGCGGCAGGAAUGUGGUACUUCGGAGGAUGAAAGAGUGCGGACAUGGAUUCGACAAGAAGAACAGUUGUGUUUCGGCCCGAGAUGAGGCUUAUGGACUUGCCGUAGAUAUGUUGAAAAGGAUCGCAGGCGAGAGCGGUUGA